AUGGGUCUCGACGGACGGCCAUUUACCACGCUGCAGAGUGUCAUCUUGACUAGCGGCCCUUUCCUAUUCCUUUGGAGCACACUGCGAGGCUACGUCGAGCGCCACGGUCCUUUCUCUCUUGCGAAGUCAACCACCCGCUUCAACAGCCAGAUAUAUUCGCUGUGUUCUCUGGGCCUGGCAUUGCUCAUUCUUAACGACGUCUUCCACUUCCAAGAGUAUGAGAAUAUCAAAGGCUCCCAUCUGGCCUACAUCUAUCAUCUAUCCAAGUUCUACGAGUACAUUGAUGUUUUCAACCUGGUUGCCAAUGGACAGUCCAUCGGACCUCAUAUGGCGUUCCACCACAUCACAACACCAUUCUUGACGUAUUUCCGAGUCCUUAAUGCCUCGGACUGGCAAUUGUUUGCCUUCUUGAAUUGCUUUCAUCAUUUCUGGAUGUAUGCCUACUUUGGUGGAUUGUCUGCGUUCAGAUCAAUACUCCCAAUUACUGGAUGGGUCCAGCUCGUAGGCGGAAUUGCUCUCGAUGUGUUCUAUUUAGCAAGCAAUGGCUGGGAAGGCCCCGAAUCUUUCAACAGGUCGGCCGCUGUCGUGCUUUUGACGGGAUAUUCAUUGUUGUUCUACCGAGAACUCCGUGCAGGGAGUCAGCAGAAAUCAAAGAUGCUGAAGAAGAAAGAAUGA